AUGUCAAUACUUGAAGAAAACAAAGAGAAUCACCCCAUCAUGGAUCAAGAUUUCAAUAGCCCAGCUGUGGAAGAUCAAAAAUUCACACGACAAGAUAGCUUCGAGUCUACUCCUUCAAAGACAAGAACCCCUCUGGUACAAUCAAACAACAUAUCACCAUCAAAGCAACAACUUGACAUUAAAUCACAAUCAAACAAUUUAAGUGCAUUUUCAAGUCCUAGAAGACCUGGUACUACUACAUCUUCAACAAGAGUUAUUGAAGCAUUACAUAAGGAAAUUGAUGAAUUGAAAUCUGAAAGAAUUAAACUAAAAUCAAAUAAUGAUGAAUUGAAAAAAUCUCAUGAUUUAGUAAAGAAAAGAAGAGAUCAAAUUAUGGAACAAUUAUCAAAUUCUAAACAUGAAAAUGAAACUGUUAAUUCAUUAUUACAAAGAAAACAAAGAAGAAUUAAUGAUCUUGAAAAUCAAUUAAAUGAAACUUCAGGCUCGAAUGAUGAUUUAAAAUUUAAAUUUCAACAAUUAGAAGUUAGAUGUGAAAAAAUUAGAGAAAGUGAAGCAACUUCUGUUGCUGAAUUUGAAAGAUUAAAAAUUGCUUAUGAUACCAUAGUAACAAGUCAAAAAGAAUAUAGAGAAUAUUAUAACAAAGAGAUUAAAACUUUAAAAGAUAGAUUAAGUGAAUUUAUUGCUAAGAAGGAAGAGCAUAUCAGUAAAAACAUCACAUUAAUUACAAAGAGUGACUCCACAAUUGGUAGAUCUUUAAAAUCCGUAAAUAAUAGAAGUGCGGAAUUAGAACAAUUAUAUCAAGAUAGAGAUAGAAAAUUAGCAUCAAAACUUGAAAAAGUUACAAACGCUAAUAAUAAACAAAAUCGUGAUGUUUCUAAAUUGAUUGAACUUUCUAAAGAAUUAUUCCAUGAAGUGGCUAUAAGUUGUCAAAUAAAUAAAGAGGAAUUGCUGAAUAAUUAUCUUGCUGGUGAUGAAACAAGAACAGAUCCGUUCAAAGAAAAUGUGGAAAAUGAAGAAGUUUCUGAACAAAAUGAACAAACGGAUCAACAGCAACAACCACAACAGCAGAAACCAGCUCCUUAUAGACCUCCAUCUCAUAGAAAAACUCCAUCUCAACAAAUUAAUAUUAAAAAGAGAAAUGAAAGAAAAACAGCAUCAAGAUCACCUUCAAAUUCAUCUACAAAUACUGAAAGAAAUUCGAGUGUGGAAGAAAGAGUCUUAUCAUUGGAUAAAGAAUUGAAUAAAUCUAUCCCAUUGAAAGAUAGAAUAACACCAAAUGCUGGUACUUUAAACAGAUCAAAAAGUGUUAAAGGACAUCAACGUAAUAAUUCAAAUACUUCAAGAAUUCCAACAUCUGAUUCUAGACGUUCAUCAAGAUAUUUUGAAAGUGAUUAUGAUAGAAAUCAAACAACAAGAUCUACAUCACAUUCAAGACGCUCUUCAAGAAUCUUUGAUGAUAAAAGUAUAAGAAGUAAUAACUCUACCAAAAGACAAUCUAAAAUAUUCGAUUUUGAUACCCCUUUGAAUAGUGCUGGAUUUCCAAAAAGUCCAGAUACUGCCAUGACAACAACAAGUGAAUCAAUUUCCACUGUUAAUUCUAUUCCAAAUCCAAGUCCAAUUGAUCCUACAUCUACUUCAACAGAAGGUGUUGUUGAACAACCAAAACGUAAAAGAAGAAGACGUAGAAGAAGAAGAGGUAAAAAAUCAGGUGCAAAUCAAAAUUCAGAAGGAACACAUAGUGAUGAAAAUGAUGAAUCAGAUGAUGAUCAAGAUUUAAGUUAUAUAGAGUCUGAUAAUGAUUUGAGUGCACAUAAACCUGAAUCUUCUUAUAUUGAAAAGGCUAAGGAUAAUAGUGAUGCUGAUAAAAAAACUUUAGAUACCCCAAAUUCAAAAGAGAAAGAAGUUAACACAGAGUCAGAACAAAUAGUGGGAACUAUAAAAGAAGAACCUGAAGAAGAAAAGAAACAAGAUGUUGAAGAACAAAAAGAAGAAGAUGUAAAAUCAGAAGAUAAAUCCGAUCAAAAAACUACAGAAGCUCAAUAG